AUGGGCAACAUAUGCCAGCGGAUCUGGGCUCGCAUGAAAUCCUGUCUCCCCUGCUUGUCCCGGGAGGCAGACAAAUCGGUGGUGAUUGAGAACCCCGGGGCUGGCUGCCCCCCGGAGACUUCCCAGGCACAGAGUCAGGAGCUGACGAGAAGCCAUGGCCACUACUUUGUGGCUCUAUUUGAUUACCAGGCUCGGACGGCAGAGGACCUGAGCUUCCACGCAGGUGACAAGCUCCUAAUCUUGGACACUUCCCCCCAGGGCUGGUGGUUUGCCAGGCACUUGGAGAAAAGGGCAGAAGGCUCCAGUUUGCAACUGCAGGGCUACAUUCCUUCUAACUAUGUGGCGGAGGACAGGAGCCUACAGGCAGAACUGUGGUUCUUUGGAGCAAUCAAGAGAGCAGAUGCAGAAAAACAACUAUUAUAUCCAGGAAAUAAGACUGGUGCCUUUUUAAUUAGAGAAAGUGAAAGCCAGGAAGGAAAUUUCUCCCUUUCAGUUUUACAUGAAGGUGCUGUGAAACACUACAGAAUCAGAAGACUGGAUGAUGGGGGAUUUUUCAUUACCCGGAGAAAAAUCUUUCCAACACUGCAAGAAUUUGUGAGCCACUACACCAAGACAAAUGAUGGCCUGUGCAUCAAGUUGGAGAAACCUUGCUUAAAGAUCCAAGUCCCAGCAACUUUUGAUCUAUCCUAUAAGACUGUGGACCAGUGGGAGAUAGAUCGCAACUCUGUACAGCUUCUGAAGCGAUUGGGAUCUGGUCAGUUUGGUGAAGUAUGGGAAGGUCUAUGGAACAACACUACUCCAGUAGCAGUAAAAACAUUAAAACCAGGUUCAAUGGAUCCAAAGGACUUCCUGAGGGAGGCACAGAUAAUGAAGAACCUAAGACAUCCAAAGCUGAUCCAGCUUUAUGCUGUUUGCACUUUGGAAGAUCCAAUUUAUAUUAUUACAGAGUUGAUGAGACAUGGAAGCCUGCUAGAAUAUCUACAAAAUGAUGCUGGAUCAAAAAUCCAACUGACUCAGCAGGUAGACAUGGCGGCUCAGGUUGCUUCCGGAAUGGCCUAUCUGGAGUCUCAGAAUUACAUCCAUAGAGAUCUGGCUGCCAGAAAUGUCCUUGUUGGUGAACAUAAUACCUACAAAGUGGCAGAUUUUGGACUUGCAAGAGUAUUUAAGGUAGAUAAUGAAGAUUUCUAUGAAUCUAAACACGAUAUAAAGCUGCCUGUGAAGUGGACUGCUCCUGAAGCCAUUUGCACUAAUAAAUUCACCAUUAAGUCUGAUGUGUGGUCAUUUGGAAUCCUUCUUUUUGAAAUCAUUACUUAUGGCGAAAUGCCUUAUAAUGGUAUGGCAGGUGCUCAGGUAAUUCGAUUGUUGAAUCAAAGCUAUAGGAUGCCUAGACCACUUAAAUGUCCCCUGCAAUUCUACAACAUCAUGUUGGAAUGCUGGUGUGCAGAGCCUAUGGAAAGGCCAACAUUUGAGACACUACAUUGGAAACUUGAGGACUAUUUUGAUAACUAUUCAAAUGCAAAUGAACCUGUAAGCUGAACACUGGAGAAGUCCAUCAAAUGGUGAAGUAGCAAUAAAGUUAAAUCAUCAGUCCAGAAAUGCAACCUUAUUAAUGCACUGCCAGAUGAGUUUAAUCUUAACAUAUUUAAGUGCUAGGAUAAAUUUCAUCAUGUAUUAUAAGACAGAUUAUGUGGACAUUAUGUGCAUUGUUGUCCUGGGCAACACUGCAGGACAGUUUAUGAUGAUGUAUCAUUUUCUCACUGCCUAGCAAAAUCAAGCAUACUAAACAAAGUUAGUUUUCCUUUUAAAAGAUACUUAUAUUUCUAUUUGUUGUUUGAAAUGCCUAUCAAGAGGAUCAACAGAUGAUAGUCGAUUUUUCCUCAUAACUGUUGUAGCAUUUUCCUGUUUACUGAUUAAAGUGGUUAUUCAUUAUUCCUCGGAUUGCUGAAUUCCAUCAGGCUGUUAUUAUGAAGGAAUUUGAUUGCUUUGCUGCACAGCAGGACCUGUGCUUUGAGAUUUUUUUUUCUCGUUUAAAAUAUCCUGUAACUACAAUGAUGGUAAAGCCAUGUUAAAUGA